AUGUGCCAGUAUACUGAUCGUGUUGAUGACCCACUGCGACACUCAAGACUCCAGCUCUCUAGUGAAGAAAUCAUAGAGGCUGAUGAUGUCGAAGCCAGCCACGCAGAUGUUGCCGAGCCAACAGCUCCAGUGCAAACCGACGGUACCAAAGAUGAUGAGGUUGUCAUUAAUGGUACUGGCCAUACUGAGCCAAACAAUCCUGUCGCUUUAUCCAAACAUUCUGCCAAGGAAGAACUUGCUGCCUUUGGUAAAGGCAAGUGGAACGCUGAUCUGACGACUUACGCUGCUCUGAACGCCCAAGAUAUCCAUUCCGGCUAUUUGAACCGGCUGUAUACCAGCCGUGACUAUGAAGCCGGUCUGGUCAACAUGAUGAAAGACAAAUAUGAGGCGGAGCUGAAGACGAAAGAGAACCAAGUCAUCGAUCUUCAAGAAGCCCUGAAAACCCAACAAGCUGAAACCUCCAAAGCAAAAGAGGAAUUGGCCAGUGCUUUAAGCGCCAUGGAACAACUUAAGGAAAAAUUCAAAAAGAAACGGGCGAACUAG